UGGAAUGGUACAUGGAUUACCUGAACCGCCAGCUGCGAAUCAGUUUGGUGGAGGACAAAGCAGUUAUGCAGCUCCAGCUCCAUCAGGACCAAGUUACAGUAACGGGCCAGCACCGCAAUAUGGACCUCCGCCACAACAGCCUGUGAUUCAUAAGCAUGUUUAUGUGCAUGUGCCACCUCCAGAGCCGGAGUAUCCUGAGGCAAGAAAACCAAUUGUCGUCCCACCACCACAGAAACACUACAAGAUUGUCUUUAUUAAGGCUCCAUCACCACCUGCCCCAAGGGUUCCAAUAAUUCCACAAAUCCAACAGAACGAAGAGAAGACUUUGGUUUAUGUGUUGGUGAAGAAACCAGACGAACAACCUGACCUUGUGAUCCCAACUCCAGCUCCAACUCAACCCAGUAAACCAGAGGUCUACUUUAUUCGUUACAAGACUCAGAAGGAAGAAACUGGUCCAUAUCCAAAUAGUAUAGCUCCAGCUCCAUCUGGUGAAUAUGGAGCACCACAACAACCACAACCUGCGCUGCCACCAACUCCUAGCACAGGCUAUGGGGCACCUCAUUGAGUGAUCGCAUAUUCAUUACGGUGAAUUGCUGUUUUUGUUGUACCUAAU